AUGGGAGUCGUGGCAGCGUGGUUGAAGCAGACGAAGGACUACGUGAAGACGAAGGAGUUCCGGGAUUACGUAACCUCCACCCACUUCUGGGGUCCUGUGGCCAACUGGGGCCUCCCACUGGCCGCCUUUAAGGACAUGAAGGCGUCGCCGGACAUAAUCAGUGGCCGCAUGACCACAGCGCUCAUCUUGUACUCGAUGACCUUCAUGCGCUUCGCCUACCGUGUACAGCCUCGAAACAGGCUGUUGAUGGCGUGCCAUUUCACCAACGUGGUGGCACAGAGUGUGCAGGCAGGCCGCUACAUAAACUACCACUAUCGUGGUGGCGCCCAGCGGGCCACCCCCCACAAGACCUGCGGCCCUCCAGCAGCCAGCUCCGGUGUCCAGCCCCCAAAAUAA